CGCCAUGUUGCGGGUUCUUCUCCGCGACCCGGGGGAGGUUUUGCUUGUUCCGCGUUGUGGGCGCGGGCGGUGGGGAACUGAGGAGAGCGCGGGCGAACCCGGAAGCGCCAUGGAUGUAUAAUCCCUGAGGACUGCUGAGAGAUUCUCACAGAUCAACUUCAGAUCAAGUGAGGUGCCUGGAAGAGGCUAAGACUAGCUGAGCUACCUGGAAAAGACACUGCAGCCUCUUGAGCUGCGUGCAGGUCGAGCAGUGGUCUCCAGGUUUCCUGCUUCCAUCAGCUGUCACCCAUGUUGGCAUGGGCUUUCUGUGAGUCAUUUCUGCUCCUGACUCAGUUGCCUUUGAAGAUGUGGCUGUGAACUUCACUCAGGAAGAGUGGGCUUUGCUGGAUUCUUCUCAGAAGCAUCUAUACAGAGAUGUAAUGCUGGAAACUUAUAGUAACUUUGCUUGUAUAGGAAACAAAUGGGAAGACCAGAACAUUGAAGACCAGUACAAAAGUCCUAGGAGAAAUCUAAGAAGGUACAUGGCUGAGAGACUGUUUGAGAAUACAGAAGGUAGUCAGUAUGGAGAAGUCUUCACCCAGACAUCAAAACUGAAUAUAAGUGCAAAAAUUUCUACAGAUAUAAAAGCAGAUGUCCAAGAUAAAGAUGGAAAGAUGCAAUAUAAAUAUGAACAGUUUUGGAAAUCCUUAAAUUCUGUUACAAGUAUUCAAAGAAACAUGGAAUCCCUCAAUGAGAGUAGACCUUAUAAGUUAUGUUUAAAAUCUUUUGGUUUUCCCGGUUUACUUGGAGUGCAUCAAGAAAUUUACAGUGUAGAGAACCAUUAUGAAUAUAAAGAAUGUGUAAAUACCUCUGUUUCUCCUAGUUCAUUUUGGACAUAUGAAAGAAAUGUAGAUAUCUAUCAUGAACAUGAACAGUUUAGUAAAGCUCUGAGUUCUUUCAAUUCCCAUGAAAAUCAUAAAAGAAUUAAUACAGGAGAAAAACCCUAUGAAUAUAAACUAUUUGAUAAGUCCUUCAUUCAUCCUUUAUUUCAAAUGCACGGAAUAACCUAUUCUGGUGAAAAACCCUUUGAAUGUGAACAACGUCUUAAAACUUUUAGAAAUCACAAUUCUCUUCAAAAACAUAAAAUCUCUCAUACUGAAGAUAAGCUAUAUGAAUGUAAUUAUUGUGAUAAAGCAUUCGUAUAUCAGAGAUCCCUUCAAUCACAUGAAAGAAUUCAUACUGGAGAGAAACCUUAUGAAUGCAAGCAGUGUGGUAAAGCUUUCAGAGUUAACAGUUCCUUUUGGCGCCAUAAAAAAGUUCAUACUGGGGAAAAACCCUAUGGAUGUAAGCAGUGUGGUAAGUCCUUCAUUUAUCCUUCUUUACUUCAGAUGCAUGAAAGAACUCACACUGGUGAAAAACCGUAUCAUUGUAAACAGUGUGGUAAGGCCUUUAAAUCUCACAGUUCUCUUCGAGUACAUGAAAGAUCUCAUACUGGGGAAAAACCCUAUGAAUGUAAACAGUGUGGUAGGGCCUUCAUUUAUCCCUGUUUACUCCAAAUACAUGAAAGAAUUCACAGUGGCAUCAAACCCUAUGAAUGUAAACAGUGUACCAAAGCUUUCAGACGCCUCAGUGACCUUCAAGUACAUGAAAGAACUCACACUGGAGAAAAACCUUAUGAAUGUAAGCAGUGUACUAAGUCUUUUAUUAAUCGAUACUUACUUAAAAUGCAUGAAAGGUCUCAUAGUGGUGAGAAGCCCUAUAAAUGUAAGAUAUGCAGUAAAGCCUUCAUUUAUCCCUCCUUACUUAAAAUGCAUGAACGGUCUCAUAGUGGGGAAAAACCAUAUCCAUGUAAACAAUGUGGUAAAGCCUUCAUUUUCCCCUCUUUACUUAAAAUCCAUGAACGAUCUCAUACUGGUGAAAAACCCUAUGCAUGUCAACAAUGUGGUGAAGCCUUCAGAAGUUACAAUUCCCUUCAGAGACAUAAAAUAACUCAUACUGAUGAAAAGCCUUAUGAAUGUAAGCAUUGUGGUAAAACCUUCAUAUGUCAGGCAUCGCUUCAGUUACAUAAAAGAACUCAUACUGGAGAGAAACCAUAUAAAUGUGAACAAUGUGGCAAUGCAUUUAGGUGUCACAAUUCCCUUCAAAGACAUAAAAUAAUUCAUACUGGGAAAAAUCCCUAUGAAUGUAAACAGUGUGAUAAGUCCUUCAUUUAUCCCUAUUUACUGCAGAUACAUGAAAGAAUUCACACUGGUGAAAAACCCUAUGAAUGUAAACAAUGUGGUAAGUCCUUCACUUACCCUUCUUUACUUCAGAUGCAUGAAAGAACUCAUACUGGAGAAAAACCCUAUAACUGUAAUCAAUGUGGUAAAGCAUUUAAAUCUCACAGUUCCCUUCGAGUACAUGAAAGAACUCAUACUGGGGAAAAGCCCUAUGAAUGUAAACAGUGUGGUAGGUCCUUCAUUUAUCCUUGCUUACUCCAAAUACAUGAAAGAACUCAUACUGGUGUCAAACCCUAUGAAUGUAAACAAUGUGGUAAAUCCUUCAGAGGUCACAGUUCCUUUCGGGGCCAUAAAAAAAUUCACAGUGGGGAAAAGCCCUAUGAAUGUAAACAAUGUGGCAAGUGCUUCAUUUAUCCAUCCUUACUUCAAGUGCAUGAAAGAACUCACACUGGUGAGAAGCCCUAUGAUUGUAAACAGUGUGGUAAAGCCUUUAAGUCUUACAGUUCCCUUCGAGUACAUGAAAAAACACACAUUGGAGGAAAAUCCCACGAAUGUGACCAGUGUGGCAAAAUCUUCAGACGUUAUGGUUACUUUCAAAACCAUAAACAGAUUCAUGCUUUAGAAAAGCCCAAUGAAUGUAAACAAUGUGGUAAGUCCUUUAUUUAUCCCUCUUUACUUCAAAAGCAUGAAAGAACUCACAUUGGUGAAAAAACUAUGAUUGUAAACAAUAUAGUGAAAACUUAUGGAGGGAGAACAUAAGCCCCCUUUUACUAGGAAAACAGUUUUAUGAAUAUGAACAAUGGUGAAUCCAUUCACACCUCCUGGUUCUUUUCAGAUACAGGGACGAGCACAUUCCUGAAAUAACUAUGAAUAUAAACUGGUAAAGCUUUCAGAAGUUACCAUUUCUUUCAGUUGUAUGAAAUAACAAUGGUAGAAGAACAAGUCUGUGAAUGUAAACAAUGUGAAAAUUUUCAGACUUCCAACUUUCUUCAAAUGUAUGGAAAAAAUCAUGGAAAUCAAUUUCUGUUAUUAAAAAGGAUGAAGCCUACAUUUGUUGUUUCUUUGAGAUGUUCAGAGUACUCACUGAAAAAAAGUCCUGUCAAAGAAAAUGUGUUACAAUCUUCAGUACCAUUUGAUGUGGGAUUAAAUGUAUGUGCCACCACUCUUGGGUGAAACAUCUU